AUGAAGCGGCGUGGUCGGACAGAAAUAGAAAAGCAGCACGAAAAUCAUUUAGUCGUGGCCAACGUGUAUCUAAUCCCCCCAGUUUCGAGCAUUGUUUCUCUAUCUUAAUUCGGUGUGCAAAUAAAAUGACGCGCGUCCCGAUAAGAUCUUCCUUGAAAAGUCGAGAUUCGAGUUCGUCGAUGACCGAUCCGGAUCUCAGGGAACGAAUAAAGGAUUAUUGCCGAAAAUUUGUCGCCUUCAUGUGCACUCAGGUUGGCGUCGGUGGACUAGUGGUUGGUUACGCCAUAAUAGGUGCUUUCGGUUUUAUGAUGAUAGAGUCUCAGAGCCAAAUCCCAUCGACAGUCUGCAUUCGAGAACUAAUUAGGAAACAAUUCGCCGAAGAGCUGUGGCUCAGUACUGCCAGCAAUCGAACUAUAAAUAUCUUCGAUAAAACGACAUUUCACACGGUGUCUAACCGAAUUCUGCGUCGUUACCAAGACAACUUCACCGGCGACUACAGGAAAGAGAACUGUAGUGGCUUAACGGCAACUGAUCUGUGGUCCUUCCCAGCAGCCAUGAUGUUCUGCCUUUCUGUGUUCACGAUGAUCGGUUAUGGGACUCUGGUGCCUCAAACUCCCUGGGGAAAGGCGGUUACAGUUAUUUACGCCGUGUUAGGAAUUCCUCUUUACGUUCUGUAUUUCCUUAACAUGGGCAAGGUAUUAGCGCAAACGUUUCGCUCGCUGUACACGUGGCUGCACGAGUGCACCGGCAAACGAAAGCCUGGCCAGAGGAUCACGGUGCCGUCGACAGCCUGCCUCUGGGUAAUAUUCGGAUACGUGUUAAGUGGUUCGAUAAUGUUCGCCGAAUGGGAAGGCUGGAAUUAUUUGGAUAGCGCUUAUUUUUGCGUAACGUCGCUGUGCAAAAUUGGAAUGGGCGAUCUCGUACCUGGCUGGACACACGGCGAUCUAACCGCCGAUAGCCAAACCAAAUUGAUAAUAAAUUUUGUUUACUUGUUGCUCGGUAUGGGACUGAUCGCUAUGUGUUAUGACUUGAUGAAAGAGGAUGUUUACGUGAAAGCUCGGGAAAUGAAAGAACAGUUUCUGGAGAUUGUUGAUGCCACUCACUACCAGCUCGAAAUGUGCUGCAAAUCAGAAGUACUGAAUUAAUUCUAACCAACACUUUCGUUAAAUAAUCGUUAAACAAUUAAGCACGAACGUCUUUCAGAAAGGUAAUUGUAACGAGACGUAUAUUUAGAUAUAGGUAUGUUGUAAAAUUCUAUGUACGUGUAUUAAAUAUAAACUAAACAUUCAUAUAUCGGACGUAAACUUAUAAGAUUUUGCAUUAAGACGUUCAUUUUUCUUUCUUUAUUUAAUUCUCGAAUAAUGUUAUUCUGUAACAAAUAUAAAUUACGAGUUUUAGAAAUUAACCUAAUUGUAAUAUGUAAAUUUAGUUUACUUUAAUAUUUAUAAGCAGUCUUACAACUUUACCCAAACUUUUGUCAACCUUUGUCCCCUUUUUAUACUUGUACGUGACGAUAGUAAUAAUAAUCGAAACCGAAAUAAUAAUCUGCUCCAUCUAGAUUACAUCUCUUUUUAUCUGUAAAUAUAAUUUCAAUUCUCUUUCCACUGUACAUCGUUUUACAAAAUCUGACCGAUACUCCUUAUGUCUUAUUAUCAACGCAGGCUUCUCUUUCAAUUCUAAUUAAUCGAUAUUCUUACAAGUUUGGAGGGUACAACAGAUACUUGUAGGAUUCCUGGAACAUGAAAGCGUCAAGACUAUAAUCUCUAGGAUAAGUUUCAAUUCUACUUUUCUCUGCAAUUUACAUAAUACGAUAUACGAGAUUGGUAGUACACAAAAUUGGAAUAAACUCAGUACUUUAAAUAUUCUCUAUUAUCGUCAAUGGUUGUCUUCUAUCUUGCGGGCAGUAUAGCAGUAUAGAAAAAUAGCUUUAAUACAAUAAAGUCUUCAAUGUAUGUAUUUUCGUGCAUCACCGAGUGUAUUUAGAUGUUAAUCAGUAAAAUGGUGUUGCAACGAUCUAAACAAACAAUAAUAUCAUUUGGUGCUACGUCUGCAGAGUAUGUGCAGAGUAAAAAUGUGCAAUUCAAGUUAAAAAUUAGAGAUUGGAAUAUGGAAAUGAUAAAACACACACACACACGCGCACACGCACACGCACACACACACGCACACACACACACACACACACACACACAGAGAUACACGCAUAAAUGUAUAGAUGUAUAUGAUAAUUAUAAAAUUUGCAGCCUUCUCACAAACGUAAAUCAUUUCUUUAAUAAAUGUUUCUAUUAUAUUAAGACUGAACAGUUCUAUCUAUUUACUUACUUACAAUUACUUGAUCCAAUAAUUCUUGAAAUAAAAGGAGUUUUUCAUAAAAUGAUUGUGUUUUAUAAAAAAAGAAAAA